GUGAAAAACACCCCCACCUCAGCCACUGCUGUAUGCACUGGAGCUGCUCACUGUGUAUGCCUGGGAACAGGGCUGCCAAGCUGAAGACUUCAACAUGGCACAAGGCGUCAGGACCGUGCUGCGACUCAUCCGUCAGCCGAGAGAGCUGUGUGUCUACUGGACAGUCAAUUACAACCUUGAGAAUGAGACAGUCCGGAACAUCCUUCUGCACCAGCUCAGGUCCCAAAGACCGGUCAUCUUGGAUCCAACUGACCUAACCAACAAUGUGGGCAAAGAUGAUGGUGAGGGGUUCUGGGAGCUACUGACAGAGGAGGCUGGGGCCUGGCUGUACUCUCCCAGCCUGAAUAAUGAGUCACCUGCACCAUACUGGGAUGUUCUGCCCAUGCCGCUUUUCGUCACUCCAAGCCACUUACUGGACAGGUUCAUCAAGGACUUCCUCGAGCCCAACGAGGUCUUCCUAAAGCAGAUCAAAGAAGCUGUUGACAUUAUCUGUUCCUUCCUUAAAAACGACUGCUUCUGGAAUUCUGACACCAAAGUCCUGAAGACCGUCAAGGGAGGAUCCACUGCCAAAGGCACAGCUCUGAAGCGGGGAUCAGAUGCUGACAUUGUCGUGUUCCUUUCCUCGCUGGACAGUUACGACGCUCUAAAAUCCAAGCGCUCCUGCUUCGUCCAGGAGAUCCAGAAGCAGUUAGAAGCCUUCAUGCAGGCCCGUGAGUGGGAGGUGAAGUGUGAGAUUUCCAAAUGGGAGGCCCCCAGAGUGCUGAGUUUUACCUUGAAAUCCAAGAGUCUCAAUGAAAGUGUCGAGUUCGACGUCCUCCCCGCCUAUGACGCACUAGGUCAACUGCAGUCUGACUUCACCCCCGGGCCCAAAGCCUACAAGGAGCUCAUUGAGCUGUGUGCAUCACAGGACAUCAAAGGAGGAGAGUUUUCCAUCUGUUUCACAGAGCUACAGAGAAACUUCAUUAAAACCCGGCCCACCAAAUUGAAGAGUUUGCUCCGCCUGAUCAAGCACUGGUACAAACAGUAUGAAAGGAAGAUGAAGCCAAAAGCAUCUUUGCCCCCUAAGUACGCCCUGGAGCUGCUCACGGUGUAUGCCUGGGAGCAGGGCAGUGGCACAGGUGACUUCAACACUGAGGAAGGCUUCCGGACCGUCCUGGACCUGGUUAUAAAAUACCAGCAGCUCUGCAUCUUCUGGACAGUCAAUUACAACUUUGAAGAGGAAUACAUGCGGAAGUUCCUACUGACCCAGAUCCAGAAAAAGAGGCCUGUGAUCCUGGAUCCAGCAGAUCCCACAGGCGAUGUAGGAGGAGGUGACCGCUGGUGCUGGCAUCUUCUAGCUGAAGAAGCGAAGGAGUGGCUGUCCUCCCCUUGUUUCCAAGUGGAGCAAAAAGGCCUGGUACAGCCUUGGAAAGUGCCAGUAAUGCAGACCCCAGGAAGCUGUGGAGGUCAGAUCUACCCCACUGUGGGUGGAGUUACUAAGCUGGAAUCCAUUCAGUUCUGGAAGAGGCUUCUGGAAUGACCUGGCAAAGACUCAGACCCUGUCAGAAAAGGGAGCCUGGUUCAGUCUUCUCUGGCAGGCUCCCACCUCUCUCCUUCCUGCUUGGAAUCAAGACACGGGAUUAUCCCCCACCCUCCCCCCAGGGUCUCACAGCACGGGCCCUGCUCUGUGUGAGUGACCUCCUUCAGAGACACUUGUCCCGUGCAGCUCGGUGUGUUCUGGUUCUGUAUUCUGUGCAGUUAUUUCCUGCCUCCCACUCCUAGUCUCUAGUCAGCAGCUCCCGACUCACCCUGUGUCACUAAGGUUAAGCCCCUCCCUAGCCCUUCAUUACUGUCAGUCCCAACUGAGUCUUCCAUUGUGUCUUUGCCUAUCUCUUUCCCUGUCCCUGUGGAUACAGAGAUGUACCAUCCAUCCAGCAGCUAGCCCUCCCCUCCCUCCACCUCUGCUGUUAAAACCCUUUCUCUUGGGGAAAUGUAAACAAUAUCUACCCCUCUUAACGUCCCAGGACAAACUAGGGUGCAUUUCUACCUUCCCGGAGGAGCCAAAGAGUUGAUUGAGCUUACCUGCUCACAGGAGAGGGGUUACAGGCGGGAGCAUGGGGUCUUUGAGGCUGCCACACUAGAAGAUCUGUACCCAGCUAGGAUGAUGGCUUCCCUGGGGCUGCAUAAAGGGAACCCCUCCCCUCAUCUUUCCACCUGUAUCCUCUAGCCCCUCUCAAGAGAUCACGUGCAAUAGGGGCAGAAUAGCAUGCAGCUGGUUGGGACCAGUUGUUAAAUAACUCAGGUGAGGGUCCCAUAAUCCUUUCUAGCCCACCUCUCUUCCAAGAGUGAAGAUAGAUAACAGUCAGCAGGCCCAGCUGUGAUGUUCAUUGAUGGGCAGGCUCAGGUGGACUCCUGAAGAUGGCGGCAGUGUGGUUCAGUGAAUAGCCCUGCAUAACAUUUUACACACAGCAAAUGCUGGUUGACACCUCUUGCCAGCUGCCCAGGGGGCCUUCACUCCAGGGCUUUAACUGCACAGAGACACAAGGUCUAAGUCGGGUUCCAUCACUGGCAUGAGAUUUGAACCCCACCUUCAGCCCCAUCUCUUCCCUGCAGAAGGGCCAGGGUUGAUGUUCUGACCCUCUAAUCACAUGCCUAGGAUUUCUGUCUGGGCUAGCCCAGCCUGAGCCACCUCAAAGCAUACAUCAGAAACGGAUGAAGGAGUUUACAUAGCAGUCAACUCCCUGGGAUGCUGCAUGGCUCUGCUUAAAAGUGGCACAGUGGCCAUGCAUGAUCCUCAAUGCAUCAGAGAAAGCACAGGCAGAAAAAAAAAAAAAAAAAAAAAAAAGGCUCAGCCUUACUUGGGGAAUGCGACAUCCCUAGGUGCUGAGACCUCACCAAAGUCUCUUGAUAAGGAAGUUCCAGGAACCUUCGCGCUGAUAAACAUCCCAAUGUAUCAACGAGGUAGACUCCGACCUCCAUGGGACAGACACUCCUGGGUCACUUCCCUCCCUAGGGACUCUGCAUUUGGCUGUUCAUUCAUAUGCUUCAUA